UGGCCUGCGCUCCAGCCCCGCCCGCGCCCUCAGACCCCGCGGCCGCGCGACCCGCCGGAGUCUGCUCCGAGCGCGCCGCCGAGCCCAGAGCUGCGAGCGGCGCUCGGACCCGGCCAUGGCGUUCCUGCCGCCUCUGCUCUGCCUGUGUGUCGCCGUGGUGCUCCCGGCGGGGGCUCGAGGCAGCACCUCUGCUGAGGAGCCCACAGCCCCGACUUGGGGCCUCGAAGGUCCGUCCCUGGGCCCAGGCCAGCCCUCGCCCUCCCUGGAGGAUUGGGAAGAGGCUAGCGAGUGGACAUCCUGGUUCAACGUGGACCACCCGGGCGGCGAUGGCGACUUUGAGAGCCUGGCGGCAAUCCGCUUCUACUACGGGCCGGCGCGAGUGUGCCCGCGGCCUCUGGCGCUGGAGGCGCGCACCACCGACUGGGCCCUGCCGUCCGCCGUGGGCGAGCGCGUGCACCUCAAUCCCGCGCGCGGCUUCUGGUGCCUGAACCGCGAGCAGCCGCGCGGCCGCCGCUGCUCCAACUACCACGUGCGCUUCCGCUGCCCCCUCGAGGUCACCUGGGGCGCGUGGGGUCCGUGGGGUCCCUGUUCUGGGAGCUGCGGGCCAGGCCGUCGAAUGCGCCGCAGAAUCUGCUCAAGCCCAGACGGGGAUGGGUGUCCCGGGCGUCCCCUGGAGGCACAAAAGUGCGUUCGACCUGCCUGCCCAGAGUGCAACCUUGACACCUGCGUGUGCCCCGACCACGUCCUCCUGGGCCAGGUGGUCACCUCAUUGGGGCGACCGUUGCCGGGAGCCCGCGUGUCUCUACAAGACUGGCCUGGCACCGUGGCCACCAGCGAUGCCCACGGGACCUUCCAGAUGCCUGGGGUGUGCUCCAGCAGUCGGGCCAAUGUCAGUGCCCGCAUGGACGGCUUCUCUGCAGGCGUGGCCCAGGCCCAGGCCAACGGCUCCACGUCCACAGUGGUGACUCUGGUUCUGGAGCGGCUGGAGAGGCCCUACCUGGUGAAGCACCCCCAGUCGCGGGUGCGGGAGGCCGGCCAGAACGUGACUUUCUGCUGCAAAGCCGCGGGUACCCCCACACCCAAGAAAUACGCCUGGUUCCACAACGGGACCCUGCUGGACCGGCGGGAGCACCGGUCCGGGGCGCACCUGGAGCUCCGGGGGCUGAGCGCUGAGCAGGCCGGCACCUACCAUUGCAAAGCCUGGAACGACGCGGGCGCCGUGCGCUCGGCCACCGCCCGGCUCUCCGUGCUGGCGCCGGGAGAACCAGCCUGCGACCCGCGGCCCCGGGAGCACCUGGUCCAGCUCCCUGACGACUGUGGCCAGCCCAACGGCGGCCCCGCCUACGUGGACGUGGGCUUCUGCCCCGACACCCUCUGUCCCGACCCAUCGGGCUCUGGCCAGCGGUGCGGGGACCCGGGCUCGCGCUGCUGUUCCGUGCGGCGCCUGGAGAGCCGGAACGUCACCUGCGCCGGCGCAGUCCUGCCGGUGAAGGUGGUGGCCGAGUGCGGCUGCCAGAAGUGCCUGCCCCCGCGGGGGCUGGUGCGCGGCCGCGUGGUGGCCGCCGACUCCGGGGAGCCCCUGCGCUUUGCCCGGAUCCUACUGGGCCGGGAACCCCUGGGUUUUGCCUCCUACCAAGGCGACUUCACCAUCGAGGUGGUACCCUCCACGCAGCGGCUGGUGGUGACGUUCGUGGACCCCAGUGGCGAGUUCGUGGACACGGUCCGGGUCCUGCCUUUCGACCCUCGGGGGGCCGGAGUGUACCACGUGGUGCAGGCCAUGCGGAAGCACACCCCGGUGCUUCUGGACCCAGUCCAGAGCAACACCAUCGCGCUGGGGGAGCUGGCGGACCAGGCCCCGCUGGGCGAGCUCAUCUUCCCGCCCGGGGCCUUCCGCACCGCCGAGGGCCGCGCCUACGAGGGCACCGUCGAGGCCCGUGUGACGUUCGUGGACCCCCGGGACCUGGCGUCGGCCGCCGCGGCGCCCAGCGACCUGCGCUUCAUGGACCGGGACGGGGAGCUGGCGCCGCUGCGCACCUACGGCAUGUUCUCCGUGGACCUCCGCGCGCCAGGCGCCGCCGAGCAGCUACAGGCUGGCCCGGUGGGGGUGCGCGUGGACGCCGAGCACAUCCACAUGGCGGGCCACGCCGAGGCGCUGCAGCUGUGGUCGCUGAACCCCGACACGGGGCUGUGGGAGGAGGAGGGCGGCUUCCAGCGGCAGGGCGUGGGGGCGGUGGGGGGAGCGCGCGCGCGGCGCGAGGAGCGAGUGUUCCUGGUGGGCAGCGUGGAGGUGCGCGAGCGCCGCCUCUUCAACCUGGACGUGCCCGAGCGCCGGCGCUGCUUCGUCAAGGUGCGCGCCUACGGCAACGACAAGUUCAACGCCAACGAGCAGGUGGAGGGCGUGGUGGUGACGCUGGUCAACCUGGAGCCCGCGCCGGGCUUCGAGGCCAACCCCCGCGCCUGGGGCCGCUUCGACAGCGCCAUCACGGGCCCCAACGGCGCCUGCCUGCCGGCCUUCUGCGACGCCGAGCGGCCCGACGCCUACACGGCGCUGAUCACGGCCGCGCUGGGGGGCGAGGAGCUGGAGCCGCCCCCCGCGCGCCCGGCGCGCGCCGUCGGAGUGGCGCAGCCCUAUCUGGACCGUCUGGGCUACCAGCGCACCGACCACGACGACCCCGCCUACAAGCGCAACGGGAUUCGCAUCAACCUCGCCAAGCCCCGGCCCGGCCAGCCCUCCGAGUCGCACGGGCCCGUGUACCCCUGGCGCCGGCUGCGCGACUGCCAGGACGCGCCGGUCACCGACGGCCACUUCCGCUUCGCGCGAGUCGAGGCCGACCGCUACGAGUACAACGUGGUCCCGUUCCGCGAGGGCGCGCCCGCCUCCUGGGCGGGGGACCUGCUGGCCUGGUGGCCCAACCCGCAGGAGUUCCGCGCCUGCUUCCUCAAGGUGCGCCUGCGGGGCCCCCAGGAGUACAUGGUGCGUUCCCACAACGCGGGGGGCAGCCACCCCCGCACCCGCGGGCAGCUCUACGGCCUGCGGGACAGCCGGAGCGUGCGCGACCCCCAGCGCUCCGGCACCUCGGCCGCCUGCGUGGAGUUCAAGUGCGGCGGGAUGCUGUUCGACCAGCGCCAGGUGGACAGGACGCUGGUCACCGUGACGCCCCAGGGGAGCUGCCGCCGCGUGGCCGUCAACUCGCUCCUCCAGGACUACUUAGCCCGGCACCCACCCACCGCACCGACUGAUGACCUCACCUCCUUCGCCAUGCUGGCCCCCCUGGACCCACUGGGUCACAACUAUGGGGUGUACACGGUCACUGACCAGAGCCCCCGGCUGGCCAAGGAGAUCGCCAUCGGCCGCUGCUUCGAUGGCUCCUCCGACGGCUUCUCCCGGGAAAUGAAAGCGGACGCGGGCACCGCCGUCACCUUCCAGUGCAAAGAGCCCCCUGCGGGCAGACCCAGCCUCUUCCAGAGGCUCCUGGAAUCCCCUGCCUCUGCGCUCGGGGACAUCCGCAGGGAGAUGGGCCGCACGCAGACCCGAGAUGCGGGGUCCCCACGCACGCGCCAGGGCAGGGCCCGGCCGUGA